UCACACACGUACUUACACAAGGAAUCUAUUCAUCUCCCGGUUUCCAAAACCUCCGCCUCUACAAUUUCCUAUUAUAUCCCGACUCCUGCUACAUGUUUCCUGUUAUCUCAUCACUAUUCACUCCCGCUAAGUGAUGAAUAAAUUCUUGCUGGCCGCAUUUUAUUUGUUCUUUGACAAUUAGCAUUGCCUUCAAUGUGUUCGCAGAAAUGAUUGAGUGCCUUCUAUGUAUCGGAUGUCUUGCGGACCUAAUAAAAUCAAUCACCCUGUGGAAAAGUAGAGGUGGUUCUCUACAUAUGGGUAUCUCUAGAGGUUCCUUUUCAACAGAUUAACAAUGAUUUUUAUCACUACUCAAUUCUAGCAGUCUUUCAGGAAUAACAAACAUGUCACAAAAAGGUUUAUGGAUUCUAGCAAUCUAGACAAAGCUCGAGCCUUUCCACCUUCAAUCACUUGUGAGUGGUUUGAUAACAGAUGGUGUUCUUGCAUAAGACAUCCAGAAAGUAUCAUCAUUUUGGCACAUCCGUGAGGGCUGUGCUGGGAAGUGUGAGUGAUUACUGUGCUCAUCGUGCUCAUUGGAUGGUGACAAUCGUCAGGAAGCCUAAAACCAAGUACUAAGGUUACUUGAUCCGAGCUGAUGAAGAAACAUCCUGGGUAAGAUGCCUCUUUUUCGAUAUGUUGGCUUUGGUGGAUGAAUUAGAAAUGCGUGUGUUGAAAUUGAAAUUGUUAUGUUGGUCUAGCAAAAGAAAGAACUAUUAUGGUGGGCUGUGUGUAAUAACUUGUGUUACUUGUUUGAAUUUAUGACUGACGAUCAAAAUUUCCAAGUUGAGAGCCUGAUUCUCUAAUCUCUUCAAGUGAAAUUUUCCAAAUCGAGAGCUAUGAUUCUUUAACCAUACCCACUUCUCUUGUGUAUUCUCCUUUUUUAAGCCCCCAAAAUUAGAGCCUAUUUAGGGUGAUUCUUAAUGUUUAUAUAAUGCUGCAACAUGGGGGUUUGUUAAGCCAAUUUAUUCCAUUUCGCACUGCCAUGUCAGAGCCUUGUCCACAAUUUAAUCCACCUCGGUAACAGCAGCUUCAGGUCUCCUACCCUUUAUUACAACGAUUUUAUCUUGUUCUGAUGCCCGACUGUCCCUAUCCUCCUCCGCACAACUCUCAGUUUUAUAGUUCUCAUAUGAGUACUUGAUGUCGCAAAUAAGUCAUAUGAGCAUGACAGAAAACUGAAAGAAAGGUGCUUGCACAUUAUGUGUCUACAAGAACAUUGGUUGAGCCAUUUUAAUCCAUGUCAUCACCACAUCAGCUUGGUAAAUGAUUGAGUGCCUUCUAUGUAUCGGAUGUCUUGCGGACCUAAUAAAAUCAAUCACCCUGUGGAAAAGUAGAGGUGGUUCUCUACAUAUGGGUAUCUCUAGAGGUUCCUUUUCAACAGAUUAACAACGAUUUUUAUCACUACUCAAUUCUAGCAGUCUUUCAGGAAUAACAAACAUGUCACAAAAAGGUUUAUGGAUUCUAGCAAUCUAGACAAAGCUCGAGCCUUUCCACCUUCAAUCACUUGUGAGUGGUUUGAUAACAGAUGGUGUUCUUGCAUAAGACAUCCAGAAAGUAUCAUCAUUUUGGCACAUCCGUGAGGGCUGUGCUGGGAAGUGUGAGUGAUUACUGUGCUCAUCGUGCUCAUUGCAUGGUGACAAUCGUCAGGAAGCCUAAAACCAAGUACUAAGGUUACUUGAUCCGAGCUGAUGAAGAAACAUCCUGGGUAAGAUGCCUCUUUUUCGAUAUGUUGGCUUUGGUGGAUGAAUUAGAAAUGCGUGUGUUGAAAUUGAAAUUGUUAUGUUGGUCUAGCAAAAGAAAGAACUAUUAUGGUGGGCUGUGUGUAAUAACUUGUGUUACUUGUUUGAAUUUAUGACUGACGAUCAAAAUUUCCAAGUUGAGAGCCUGAUUCUCUAAUCUCUUCAAGUGAAAUUUUCCAAAUCGAGAGCUAUGAUUCUUUAACCAUACCCACUUCUCUUGUGUAUUCUCCUUUUUUUAAGCCCCCAAAAUUAGAGCCUAUUUAGGGUGAUUCUUAAUGUUUAUAUAAUGCUGCAACAUGGGGGUUUGUUAAGCCAAUUUAUUCCAUUUCGCACUGCCAUGUCAGAGCCUUGUCCACAAUUUAAUCCACCUCGGUAACAGCAGCUUCAGGUCUCCUACCCUUUAUUACAACGAUUUUAUCUUGUUCUGAUGCCCGACUGUCCCUAUCCUCCUCCGCACAACUCUCAGUUUUAUAGUUCUCAUAUGAGUACUUGAUGUCGCAAAUAAGUCAUAUGAGCAUGACAGAAAACUGAAAGAAAGGUGCUUGCACAUUAUGUGUCUGAUAAAAUGAAAGCCACAAAUUCUGUUCAUCCCUUGAAAGGUCCACCAUGAAAUACAAGCUGCAGUAGGAUCUAUGUCUCCAGCUUGGAGGGUGAGGAUUUUAGAUGUGUAGUGGCAGGACUUUUUAUGAUGGAAAGUUGAAGGCUAAUGAUUUUACUUUAGAUUACUUUUUCUAUACUCUAUAAUAUAGUUUCUUUUUAUAAAUGUGUCAGAAGAAGUCUGUGGUUACUACAUAAUGAAGAGGAAGGUUCUAUGGAGGCUUCUAACUAUCAUUAGUUGUCUAUCUCUACAUAUUUGUGUAUAGUAGCGUAGCCCGUAGGUACGGAGGCUGAAAUUUUCUAUAACUCCACUAGCUAUUGGGACGAGUUUGUCUGGGGAGGUGCGUGGAUGUAUUAUGCUACAGGAAAUAAUUCUAACCUCUCCCUUUCUACUAAUAUUAAAAUGGCCACACAUGCUGGUGCUUUUUGGGGAGGCCAAGAUUAUGGUGUACUUAGUUGGGAUAACAAGCUUGCGGGAGCUGAACCUCUUCAGUAUCUUGUCAAUGCUGCAUUUUUGGCUACAUUAUUUAGUGACUAUAUGGAUGCUGCGGAUACACCUGGAAGGUACUGUGGACCAAAUUUCUACUCAACUGAUAUCCUCCGUUCAUUUGCUCAGACCCAGGACAAUGUCAUUGCUUUCCGCUCAAAAUGUGGUGCACCAAAAAGCCUCGGAAACUCUACCAAGAAGUUGAUCAGCUGACUUUCACACUAAUGAUAUGCCAAAAGUAAAUUAAUGGAUCUGCAGACUCUUCGCGUGGAGAAAAUGACACAUUCAGAAAGCUCUCAGACUAACGGUACCAGCCUUGCACUUAAUGCUGGCUAACUUGGAGAUGAUAUAGUGGAAGAACAAAAAACACCUUUGACAGAAUGUUAUUGUGGUUCUGUGUUUGAUCCUCGAUAAUUUCUAUGUAAUUUAUGCUAUUUAUUCAAGAAUUUCAAUAACACUUUUCCUUUAGAGAGAGGGUGAUAGUUGAUCUAAGUUAUGUCACUAGCAGAAUAUCAGUGGUCUAUUUUUUCUUAUGAUAUUGGAAUGUCCAAAAACGUAUGAUAUUGGAUUCAUCCUAAAUAUUAUCGUUUCUUUCUUAA